CUAUAGUUAUUAACGAAGCAUAUAGAGAAAAAAUGGCUGAAUUUGAUCCUUCUUUUGUUGUUCUAGGAGAGCAGAAAAUCAAAACAAUGAUUGUCAAAAGUUGUAAAUAUAAUCAGGAAAAUUUGCGAAAUCUCCUUACUAAAACUGCAGAAAAUGUCUCACUUACAAUGGAUCUUUGGUCAAGUAAAGCCAAGCAUGGAUAUUUGGAAGAUAUUCCAAGUAAUCUUGAUUUAAUAGCAGCUUUAUUAGAUCCUUGCUAUAAAAAUUUGGAUUUUUUAGAAAAUGCCGAUGAAAAGAAACAAAUUAUUCAAAAACUUCAUAAUAAACUUAGUGAGGUAGAAGUAUCAGGAUUUGAGAUAUUGAACAAUCCAGCUCUAUCUCAAGAUAUUGAAUCUUCAAUACGCUCACAUAAAGAAUAUCGUCAACAGCGUCAAAAGAAAAUUAAAAAAGCAGUUACAAAUGUGGUAAUUUCUGAUGAAGUUACCAAUUAUUUAUCAUUGCUGUUAGCAUUAGAGACUGAAGAUCCUUUAAAUUAG